AUGGACCCCCUGAGGCGAUCCCCCUCUCCCUGCUCAUCAAGGCCCUCCAGCCCCAGGACCCCACCCUGCGAGAUGUUUGGUUUCGUGGGCAUUGAGGCCGUGCUGGACCAACUGAAGAUCAAGGCCAUGAAGAUGGGUUUUGAGUUCAACAUCAUGGUGGUGGGGCAGAGUGGGCUGGGCAAGUCCACGAUGGUGAACACGCUCUUCAAGUCCAAGAUGUGGAAGUCCACCCCACCAGGCUUGGGGCAGGGGCCCCUGCCCCAGACACUGCAGCUGCACUCGGUGACCCAUGUCAUUGAGGAGAAGGGUGUGAAGCUCAAGCUGACUGUGACUGACACGCCUGGCUUCGGGGACCAGAUCAACAACGACAAGUGCUGGGACCCCAUCCUGGGCUACAUCAAUGCACAGUAUGAGCAGUACCUGCAGGAAGAGAUCCUCAUCACCCGCCAGCGCCACAUCCCCGACACCCGGGUGCACUGCUGUGUAUACUUCGUGCCGCCCACUGGGCACUGCCUGCGGCCCCUGGACAUCGAGUUCCUGCAGCGGCUAUGCCGGACUGUGAACGUGGUGCCCGUGAUCGCCCGGGCGGACAGCCUGACCCUUGAGGAGCGAGAGAACUUCAGGCGCAGGAUCCAGCACAACCUGAAGGCUCACUGCAUUGAUGUGUACCCACAGAAGUGCUUCGAUGAGGACAUCAGUGACAGGAUCCUCAACAGCAAGAUCCGGGACCGGAUUCCCUUUGCUGUGGUCGGGGCUGACAGAGAGCAUCUGGUGAACGGGAAGUGUGUGUUGGGCCGGAAGACGAAGUGGGGCAUCAUUGAAGUGGAGAACAUGGCACACUGUGAGUUCGCCCUCCUGAGAGAUCUGCUCAUUCGCUCCCACCUCCAAGACCUGAAGGACAUCACCCACAGUGUCCACUAUGAAAACUACCGCGUCUGCAGACUCAACGAAAGCCACAUGCUGCCCCGUGGGCCUGGCUGGGUGAACCUGGCCCCGACACCCACCAGUGCCCCAGCCACCCCUGGGCCCUCAAAGGCUCGCCAGAAGGUGCACAACAAUUCCACGGAGGAGUGCUGA